ACAAGGCAGUGCCACAGUCCCAGUGGCAGCUCCCACCAGCUCCCUGCCUCCAUCUCUCAGGAGGCAAAGACAGAGCCAGGAGGGUGGCCAGGCAUGUCCAGGGUUGCAGCAAGGCUGUGCCAAGAAAGAGCGGCCGCGGAUGGGCUGGGAUCCAACAGGAAUGCCAUCAAGUAUUUGAAGCAGGACUACGAAGCCCUGAAGCAGCAGUGCCUGCAGGCUGGCACUCUGUUCAAGGAUGAGGAGUUCCCAGCCUGUCCUUCCGCGCUGGGCUACCAGGACCUGGGACCGUAUUCCUUCAAAACCCAAGGGAUAAUCUGGAAGCGCCCCACGGAGUUAUGUGCCAACCCUCAGUUUAUGGUUGGAGGAGCUACUCGGACAGAUGUCUGCCAAGGAGAGCUGGGCGAUUGCUGGCUCCUGGCCGCCAUUGCAUCUCUCACUUUGAAUCCAGACAUUCUGUACCGCGUUGUUCCCAAGGCUCAGAGUUUCCAGAAGGACUAUGCCGGGAUCUUUCAUUUCCAGUUCUGGCAGUACGGAGAGUGGGUGGAUGUUGUGGUGGAUGACAGGCUGCCCACCAGGAACGGGAAGCUGCUCUUCGUGCACUCGGAGGAAGGCAACGAGUUCUGGAGCGCGCUGUUGGAGAAGGCCUAUGCCAAGCUGAACAGCUCUUAUGAAGCUCUCACAGGAGGGUCCACUAUAGAGGGUUUUGAGGAUUUUACUGGAGGCAUCUCUGAGUCCUAUGAACUGCGGAGGGCUCCUUCAAACCUAUAUCAAAUCAUUCGGAAGGCUCUGAGAGCUGGGUCAUUGCUUGGCUGUUCCAUCGAUAUAACAUCUGCAUCUGAAAUAGAAGCAAUCACAAGUCUGAAGUUGGUAAAGGGACAUGCUUACUCUGUCACUGGAGCAGAGGAGGUAUAUUACAGAGGACGGCUAGAGAAACUAGUGAGGCUUAGAAAUCCCUGGGGUGAAGUGGAAUGGACUGGAGCUUGGAGUGAUAAGGCUCCUGAAUGGAAUUACAUUGAUCCGAAACAAAAACAAGCUCUGGAUAAGCAAGUAGAUGAUGGAGAGUUUUGGAUGGCAUUUUCAGAUUUUCAAAGGCAGUUCACCCGGCUUGAGAUCUGCAACUUGACUCCUGACACACUGACAAGCAACGAGGUCAAUAGAUGGGAACUGACCCUGUUUAAUGGACAGUGGAGACGCGGUUCGACUGCUGGGGGCUGCCAGAACUACCAAGCAACAUACUGGACCAAUCCCCAGUUUAAAAUCCGGUUGGAAGAACCAGAUGAUGACCAUGAAGGGAGUUUGAAUGAGCCAUGCUGUACCAUACUGGUAGGCUUGAUGCAGAAGAACCGCAGGAGACAGAAGAAGAUGGGAGAAGCUCUGCUUAGUAUUGGUUUUUCACUCUAUCAGAUUCCUCAGGAGCUGGAAAAUCACACAGAUAUUCAUAUGAACCGUGCUUUCUUCGCAAGGAACCAACCAGUAGCCCGGUCUGAUCCUUACGUCAACCUGCGUGAAGUCUCCAGCCGCAUGAAGCUGCCCCAGGGAGAGUACCUCAUUGUGCCCUCCACUUUUGAGCCUUACAAAAAUGGAGAGUUCUGCCUGCGAGUGUUUUCUGAGAAACAGGCUAAAACACAGAUAAUAGGUGAUGUGGUGUCUGCAAACCCAUAUGAGCCUCCUGUCGAUAGCAAAGAUAUAGAUGAUGAGUUCAAGACUCUGUUUCAAAAGCUCUCUGGAGAGGACUGUGAAGUGACUGCAAGUGAACUUCAAACUAUCCUAAACCGGGUUUUGGCUAAGAGAAAGGAUAUUAAGAGUGAUGGAUUCAACAUUAACACUUGCAGAGAGAUGAUCAGCCUUUUAGAUACCAGUGGGACUGGUACCUUGGGACUUGUAGAGUUCAAGACACUUUGGAUGAAGAUUCAAAAUUAUUUGGAAAUCUAUAAGAAAGUGGACAGUGACUACUCUGGCACCAUAGACUCCCAUGAGAUGCGAAAUGCCCUCAGAGAGGCAGGUUUCAUGCUCAACGAUCAGCUACAACAUAGCAUUGUCGUUCGCUACGCCUGCAGCAAGCUGUCCAUUGACUUUGAUGGCUUUGUGGCCUGUAUGAUCCGCUUGGAGACCCUGUUCAAAAUGUUCCAUCUCCUGGACAGAAAGAAGAGUGGAGUCAUACAACUUUCUCUGGCUGAGUGGCUGUGCUGCACACUGGUUUGAACCAUGGUCGAUGAAUUCAGCAGAGAUCUCUGAGGCUCUUCUGAACACGGAACCACUCAUUUGGCUUCUCCUUGUUAUGAAAAACAGAGAGAGAAACUUGUUCUUAUUACUGGCAAGUUAAAUGAAGCCCACUAAAAAUGAAAUGAUCUCCUAUCAGUUAUAAAAUAAAUGUGCUCUUGAGCAUAAAAAGAUAAACAAACAAAUAAACCAAACCCAAACCCAACCUACUUUACUUUUCCAGCCCAAACAGUAUUUGUGUGUCAUGCUGAAAUGUCGUGGAUUUUGACUUACCACAGAUGGGCCCAGGUGCCUUUGGUUUGACUUUUGAUUGUGCAUCAAAGUUCAGCAGUGUUCUAAAUCCUGGAGGGGAUCUCUACUGCCUGCGACAUCCAGCAUAUAUUUCACAGAGAGAAACCCAUGCCCAGAGCAUGGGCAAAAUCUGUGUGGCUGCUCUGGCUACCUCCCUUCCCAGCCAACUGUCCACUUUGGCAUGCCAAGUGCCCACAGAAGCUGGACGUGAGGGAUUCACAGGCAGGUGAUGAGCUGCUGAGAGCACAGGGAAAUCGGGCAUAGACACAGCCCUGAGGAUGGAUGGGGAAUCAGGCAAACGUGAUGAAACUCCUCUGCAUGUCUUGUCUCAGUCUUCCAGGGAGAGAGGAUGGGAGGCCAUAGGCAAGUUGCUGCCACUAUUUCAGCUGAGAUCUUCUCCAUGCAUGUAUUUCAGCACCCAAAGAUGGGGUUUGGGGUUUUAGGAGGUGAGUGACUGGAGCUCAGAAGCUCAUGAAUGCAAGUGUGAGGGGAGGACCAUAAAAUGAAUGUGCAGGGGGGUUUUAGAGCUUGAGUGUGC